AUGUUUUCUCGGGUAAAAGCAAGACUUUCUCCUGGCUCAACGCUUUCCUUAAUCCUUGAUGGAAUAAAAGCUGGAGUCUCUCGUGAGGCGCUAACAGACGCUCUCUCAUGGGUUGGUUGUCAGCUCCUUAAGGAAGAUCAACCAAGCACGCAUUCAAAAGAUGUAGCCACCUAUUUUGUUGCAGCGCAUGAGCUGGUAUUCUUGAAUACUGCAUCUCAUCAUGUUCUCAUUGGUGUUUUUCAACGGGGAAAGACUAUUGAGUUGCUUUCCACUCAUUUAGCAGCUCACCUUUUUGCGGCCAUGUGUGCACUUGGUGUCGGUGAUAGAUUGCUGCUUUAA